AUGUCUAUGUCCAUGGACAUGGACAUGAGCAGCUCUGGGCCUUUUAAAGCAACGAACCAGAACACUGCUCUUGGAUAUUGUACAGAGCUUUCGUUGUUCAACAACUUGUUCAAAUGUCCAAGACGUCAGCUGACCAUUCCCUCCAACACCAGAAUACUCCGAGCUCUGGAGAGCCGGCGGAGACGGAAGACUCAGCAGCCAUCUCAUCCUCAAGGCGUGCUGCAGCAGAGCUAUGCCACAAUCGCUGCUUCCUUACGAGAAUUGUCGUACCCUCAGCCCAUCUUCUUCACAGGCCGACUAAGCAAACACUUCACGCCAUUACCUGUCGGGAGAUGGCUCAUCCUCGUAAUCUAUUGGACGAUGCUGCUAUGCUUCCUCUGGUCAGACACGAUUGUCUCCCCAGACAGCCCGAUGUACGCCUACAAAUGGGAGAAAGUCGGCUUCCGCGCUGCCUGGGUUUCGGUCGCCCAAAUACCCUUCAUCUACCUGCUGUCGUGCAAAUUCAACCCCAUCACCCUCCUAACAGGCAUAUCCUACGAGCGUUUCAACUGGCUGCAUCGAUGGGCAGCUCGAACGGUCUUUCUCACAGUGGCGGUGCACUGGUCGUUCUUCUACACCGAGUGGUCGCUCGCCAAUUACGUCAAGCUGGAGUUCGAGAUGAUGCCGAUGGUCAAGUAUGGCUUUGGCGCUUGGUCUGUCAUCGGCUGGAUGAUCCUUUCAGGUUUCGGAUUCGUCCGGCAUUUGAGUUAUGAGGUCUUCGUGGCACAGCACAUUUGCGCUGCUGCGACUCUGCUGUGGCUAUUGUAUGUUCAUGUGCCGGCUUAUGCACGAUACAACCUCUACAUGGCGAUGGGGUUUAUUGGCUUUGACUGGGGAUCACGUAUCGUCUGGACAUUGCUGCGAAACACCCAUCUGCUCGAUCAUGGCUGCAAAGGUGCACUAGGCUAUGCAGCCAGCUUGGAGGCACUGCCGGGCGACAUGGUCCGCAUCACGAUCGAGAAUGCCGGGUUCAAAUGGGGAGCCGGCCAACACGUCUACAUCGCCAUCCCCAGGUUGAGGCCUUUCGGGCUGCACCCUUUCACGAUUGCUACUGCCUGCCAGCGUGGCAAUGGAGAGCUGACUAGUCCAUUGACGAUGGUUGUCAAGGCACAUUCUGGCUAUUCGCGAGCCCUACAUCGUGCCGCGCUACGAGAAGGUGAUCGCACCUAUCGUACCUUCUUAACUGGACCUUGGGGCUCGCCUCCGGAUCUCUACCCUUACGACUCGGUCGUACUGAUUGCUUGCUCGAGCGGAGCAUCCUUCACCACUCCGCUCGUGCAAGAACUUGUUCGGCGACCGGCCUGCGUGCGCAAUGUUGUACUGCAUUGGAUCGUCCGAUCUGAAGAACAUUUCUCCUGGUACAAGAGUGAGCUGCAAGCCCUGGCAGAGGCUACGCAAAGUGGCUCACUGAGCCUGCAGAUAGUGGUGCAUGUCACGAACCCCUCGCAUUCGACAGAUUCCAUAGCGCCGGAUGAAGAGCGGAAGAUGACAGACUCAAGCAAAAUCUCCGCGGUAGAUUCGGAGUCCGACACAUCUUCCAGCAUGGGGAGUUUGUCGACACUCUUGGAAGGCAAGAGGGAUCGAUUCUCGUCCACUUUGUCGAUGAGAUCUGGAAGUCGCCCUUCCGUCGAGUCUAUGAUCAGACCAAUGGUUGAAGCUGCGCUGAGCGAGACGGCGGUGGUUGUCUGCGGAGGAGUAUCUAUCACCGCUCAGGCCCGGACAUUUGUGGCGGCACUGUCAGACGAAAGGGCAGUCCACAAGGGCUCUGGUGCGCAAGGCAUCUACCUAUUUUCGGAAACGUACGGUUGGUAG